AUGACGUUCUUCUCUUCUUCAUCAUACAAAUAUUCGGCGCUAUCACAAAACGAUCCGGAGGCACCAGAAGAGGAAUUGGAAAUGGAAAGUCUUGAAGGAUAUUCUGGAGUUGUUGAUUUCGGAGAUCCGAACCAAAGCGUAAUGGAAUACGGAAUGCCGGAAGGAUCGUUCGAUUCGGCAUUCACAUAUGCACCAUAUAAUGAUCUUGAUAAAAUGGGUUAUGUGGGUCCGAAAAAACAAGGAAUGGUUCUUGGGAGCAAGUACGGAAACUUUACUUAUUCAAGGGAUUACGGGCAAGAUAUGGAAGAAAAUAUAAAACCCCUAUCCGCCGUCGAACUUGUGAUUUAUGGUUUUUCAAUGCUAUUCGUUGUGAUGACGAUGCCAUUAUCUCUUCUAUUCGCACUCAAGUUCAUCUCGACAAGUGAAAAAUUAGUGGUUCUCCGACUAGGACGGGCUCAGAAAACACGGGGACCUGGAAUCGCGUUGGUUGUGCCUUGUAUUGAUACCACACAUAAAGUAACAACUUCCAUUACUGCUUUCAAUGUUCCUCCGCUACAAGUUAUUACAAUUGAUCGAGGGUUGGUUGAACUUGGAGCCACCGUAUUCCUUAAAAUCAGAGAUCCAAUUGCUGCAGUUUGUGGAGUUCAAGAUAGGAAUGCUUCUGUUAGAACACUUGCCAACACUAUGCUCUACCGAUACAUCAGUAAAAAGAGGAUUUGUGAUAUUACGAAUUCUCAAGAUCGAAGAAUCAUGUCUGCUAAUUUCAAAGAUGAACUUGGGACAUUUACGUGCCAAUUUGGAGUUGAAAUUACGGAUGUUGAGAUGUCUGAUGUGAAGAUUGUGAAAGAAGGAGAAAAUAUGGGAAUGGCUGCGUUGAGCAGUGUUGCAAAAUCUGAUGCAGGGCAGCAGUUAUGGCAAGUGAUUGGACCUGCGUUUGAAGAUUUCGCAAAGGAGUGUGCCGCAGAAGAGAAGGCGAAAGAAGCAGCACCUCUCGUGGACCUAUCUGAUGUGCCAUCCACUUCCACAAAUAUCCCAACAUCAUCUUCGACUGAGCCUUCCAUUGACAUCGAUCAUCUGAUAACUGUGGCAAACAUGGCUAUAGAUGAACAUCUAGUCCGGUUGAUUGGAAGGGUCUUUCAAAUCAAUUGUGCAGACGUGGAUCCUAUCUGUAUUGAUCUCAAACAUGGAGCUGGAAGUGCAUACAAGGGAACAGCAUUGAAUCCAGAUGUCGUUUUUGAAUCUAGUUUCGCUGUAUUCGGCAAGAUAAUUACUAAAGAACUUUCUCCCGUAACUGCGUAUAUGAAUGGAAGCUUGAAAGUGCGAGGAAGCAUACAGGAAGCCAUGCAACUCAAAUAUUUAGUUGAAAGGAUGGCCGAUUGGAUUUAA